AUGUACUCCCUCCAGCAACUCUUCUUCUGCCUCUUCGCCGUCUUCACCAUCGGUGUCUUCGCCCAGUCGUCCUUCGACUCCACCGUCUAUGUGACCUCGACCGUCUACCGCGUCAACACCGUCACUGCCACUGGCACUCCCCCCGUUGGCGGCCCCGUCAACUCCACCCUCACCAUUGCGCCUACUCCUUACGCCACUGUCCAGCCUAGCGCCGUUCAGCCCAGCGCCUCCAUCUCUUACUCCGCUCCCAGCAAUGGCACCAACCCCAAGCCCACUGGCGGAGCUGCUCCUCCUACCACCGAGUUCCCCGGCGCUGCUUCUGGCUUCUCCGUCAACGGCCCUGUCGUUGCCCUUGUCGCCGUCGGAUUGGGUUUCCUCGCCUUGUAAUCGAUGACGCGACACCGCCUUUGUGAGCGCAUUGCCAGUCAUUCGUCGUUGACAGUCGCUUCUGACUUGACGCGCCCACGACCGCAAUCACGGACAGCAUUGGCUCUCUUUUCGUCUUCAAUCUUCACGUCGUUAUGAGGAACAUACAAAGCAAAACUCCCAUUCUCAGCUCUAUAUCCCACGUUUACCACUAUGUUUCGGCUUUGGCGGGUUGGCCCUGCUUCCAACCUUACCUUCCCGUACAUACUCUUUUUUUCCUAUCUGUGUCGUGUGUUCGCCUGCGCCAGGCAACCACCCCCAGUAAUUUCUAGUCACUCCUUCACUCUGAACUUUUCAACAUACCCCAUUUUGCUCGAUACCUUCGACUCUGUCUGCUUUUCUACUUUAUCCUUUUACCUUGUUCUCGCUGCUUCUUGUUGGAUAUGGUAUCGCGCGCUACGACGGUGGUCGUCGGUCUGGAAGGUCACCACCACAUAUACUCGCCUUCCGCCCACAGAUACGGCGCUGCUACCUUACCUAUUCUUUUUGAGAACAUGCAUCAACCAAAGCAAAUCCAAGUCAAACCAACACUUCCAUCUGUUCACCUGUGGUUACCACUUUUCGGAAAAUUAUGCUGUUCUUUUGUCAUCUGUUUCUCUUUACCCCCUUGGGGGCGGUGCUGGUAUCAUGCGCAAUACGAUAGCAACCCCCUCGGAAAACCAAAAACUUCUCUGGUGGAGCUGGAGUUUGGAGAUACCCCCUUUUUCUAUCCAAUGUCUUUACUUUUCUUUUUUCCCUUUCUUCUGUCCUGCGCCAUGAUGAUGGAUGGGAGGCGGUCGUAUUUUGGAGUCUUCUUUUUGCUACUUUGGCAAUCCCCCUUUAUUCAAUUUCAAGGGAACGCCGCGAUGAUGUGAAUCGAUCGCCCUAUGGAAGGAAAACAAACUUCCACUUUAGCUAGCUUUUCAGUCUACGGAUACUUGAUCAAAUUCAAUCUGUCGAAUCCGUGCAAACCUACAUCUUUUCUAAACUCUAACCUGGAAACUCUAUGUGAUCUCAUCUUACCAUGCCCUCUACAUCGCCCCUAGACCUUGAACCUUGAACGCGUCUCGUCAAUCACUUUGCCUUUUCUAAUUUCUAAUUUUGAGAUUUCUUCAACGUUCAAACUUUCCUUCAAUUGUUCCCUUCUCUAAUUUCCCCACAAUCGCGAUAACCCCCUUAUCGCUCACACUGCGCGCAUACAUGUACAUGCACCGCACACACGCAUUACACGUGUGCGACACGCGAACUGUCGCGUGUGGUUCCUCAUUACCUUCCCUUUUCCCUCCUCCCCUUCCCCCCCCCCCUGGUCACAACAACGCCCUCCCUCCGCCCCUUGGAAAAAAACCAAACCCCCAGUACCAGAACUAACCAGCAAGUAAAAUCAGGAUCCCAACAUUACCACUACUAACCAAUGAGCGCGACAAAGUUGGGAAGAAGCAAGGGGGAGUACACCCGAACUUCAUCCGUUGGAUUCUGCCGCUUCAGCCUCGCCCCAGAGAAUAAGGAUCAAGUUGAGUUGGCCCCCAGUCCGUACGUACGGGAAGGAUUCGCGGAUGCGCUUGCCGACGGUUUUUUCUUUUCUGUGCCCUCCCCCUUACCUGGUAGGGUAGGUAGAUUGUUGGGUUCAGUUAGUUCUUGGUUGGUUGGUUGGUUGGUUAUUACUUCCAAGGUUAGUUUGAGGAUAAGCGGGAUUAUGUUGGAUCUGUGGCAAAUAAAUUUAAAGAGGAAGAGGAACCAGGGCGUUGAAAAAAAACUGAAGAGGAAAUUUCAACUGCCUCUGACGAGCUGGAAGAAUGAGCGCCAGUU